AUGGCGGCAGAAGCUAGCGAGCAACGGGAGAAGAGCGAGCGUGAGGAGUCAGAGGAAAGUCUUGAAUCUGACAAGAUCGAUCCCAAGAAGUGGCGCGGGGGUCACGGCUCAUACAAAGACGAGGCACGGAGGGCAACGACUUCAGAUGAUGCGCGGAACAAGAGGGUGGCCCUUGCCUAUGCCAGUGUCAGUCUCACCACUGCACUCCUGGGCGCCUCAAUCCUGGCCUUCCCUGAGAAGGUGGCGUACCUGGCAUUUGGCAACGGCGUGCUGCAGCCAGGGGAGUCCACCAAAAACGCCAUGAAGGAUGCAGCGGAGCAGGUGAAGCGUGGGGAGAUCCCAGAGAUUUCCCUGCGCCCCCAGUCAUUCAUGGGCAUCCCAGAAUACAAGCUGGACCCAGUCUACUUGGUGGAGUUGGGCAUCAUUGGGGCUGCCCUCCUCGGCGCCUCUCUGGCUUCAGCCGCGGCAGCGAAUGUGCUGAAUGCCAAGGUGUACGCGAGGCUGAACCUGGGCUUGGCUGCAUGGGCGGCGCUGUCCCUCAUCCUCUCCCUGCUCAACCAGGGCCUCUUCCAGCGCACCGCCCUCAUGGCGUGGGGCGCGGUGCUGGCAAACACGCUGGCGGCCACGGGGCCGGUGCUGGCGCAGCAGAAUCCGGCGGGCGUGCUGUGCGACAUCGCGUCGGACAGCCGCAACGUGCGCACCCGCCGCGGAGGCAUCUACCUCGCAUACGCAACCUUCUUCUUCGUGGAAGGGGUCCUCAUCCUGCUCUUCCCUUCGGAGACCCUCAAGGCGGCGACCAACCGGGUGCCUAGUCAGGUUGCAGUCCUGCUGUGGGAGCUGGUUGCGGCCAGCGCGCACAUCAUCGUGCCAGUGGCCACCUACAACCUCAAGAGCACGGCGGAUGCGCGCCAGCUGGCGACGCUGACUCACUUCAUCCAGAACUCCAUCCUCUUCAUCGUUGCCUUCGUCCACGUCAUCGUGCUGACCACGGCCGCCCUCACAGGCAACGCUGGCCCCAUCGGCCCGGUGCUGCUGACGGCCUGGAGCACAGCCUUCCUCUACUCCAUCUACAACAUGCCCGAGGCUGUGGAAGGCGUCAAGCAAGACUGA